GACAGCUGGGAUCUAUUUGACCUUAUUGUGCAUCAGAAAUCACUAAACUAAAGAUUUCUUCCUUUCUCUUCUCUGUCUUGCUCUGUGAUCCCAGGAUGAGAGCUUAUGGCGCAGUGUUGAGCUGCACUCAACUCAGUUUAAGACAGACCUCAAGCACUGGAGGUGAAACACCCCCCACCCCUUCAACCCAUUUCCCCGGGGUUCCCUCCUCCCCUCCCCUGGCUGUGACGGGACUGGAGGCUGAGUCUACUAGGGGCAAGGCGAGAGGAAGAAAGACUGGGAGGCGUAAAUGCGCAGCUCUGCAGCACAGUGUACAGUACAUGUCAGGAUAUGAAUUAGUGUUGAGCACAGUGCUGAAGCAGAAGUUUGGAGUUCAGUGGAUGUAACUUGACUUUUACCUGUGCUUCACGUGGAGCUGAUCUGCUGUGGGAAGAAGCAAGCUGGAAGAAAAGCACACACACUUCUUCUAACAGCUUCCACACUGUGUCAUUCUAACAGCAGGUGUCGACAUGCUAGAGCAGGUUCUGUCAUUUGGCCGCUCCCUGGUGCGCAGGAAAGUGGUUGACCUGAGCAGCCUGGAAGACUCAAAACUGUGCCGCUGCCUGGGAACCAUCGACCUCAUCGCCUUGGGGGUGGGCAGCACUCUUGGGGCCGGCGUCUAUGUCUUGGCUGGCGAGGUGGCCAAGGGAGACUCAGGCCCCAGCAUCGUCAUCUCCUUCCUAAUUGCUGCCUUAGCCUCCGUCAUGGCUGGCCUGUGUUAUGCUGAGUUUGGCGCACGCGUGCCCAAGACCGGCUCUGCUUACCUUUAUAGCUACGUGACUGUAGGAGAGAUCUGGGCCUUCAUCACUGGUUGGAACCUCAUUCUCUCCUAUGUGAUUGGUACCUCCUCAGUUGCCAGAGCUUGGAGUGGCACGUUUGAUGAAAUGAUAGGAGGACACAUCGAGAUAUUCUGUAAAACCUACUUCAGCAUGAACUCUCCUGGUUUGGCUCAGUACCCCGACUUCUUUGCCGUCUGCCUGAUACUGCUGCUCUCUGGGCUCCUGUCGUUUGGAGUGAAGGAGUCAGCCUGGGUCAAUAAAGUGUUCACUUCAAUCAACGUGCUCGUACUCUUGUUUGUCAUCAUCUCCGGCUUUGUCAAAGGAGACACACACAACUGGAAGAUAACUGAGGAAUCCCUUAUAAAUGUCACCAUAGUUACAAGGAACUUGUCAGUGACGGCCAACGUGAGCAGCGAUUAUGGAGCUGGAGGGUUUAUGCCCUACGGCUUCAGCGGGACCUUAGCUGGAGCUGCCACCUGCUUUUACGCUUUUGUUGGAUUCGACUGCAUCGCAACUACAGGUGAAGAGGUGAAGAACCCUCAGAGAGCCAUUCCCAUCGGCAUCGUGGUGUCACUGACCGUCUGCUUCCUGGCGUACUUUGGCGUGUCAGCUGCGCUCACGCUGAUGAUGCCGUACUACCUGCUGGAUGAGAAGAGCCCCCUGCCCAUGGCCUUUGAAUACGUGGGCUGGGGCCCUGCUAAAUAUGUGGUCGCUGCAGGUUCACUGUGUGCCCUCUCCACCAGUCUGCUGGGCUCCAUUUUCCCCAUGCCUCGUGUAAUCUAUGCUAUGGCAGAGGAUGGGGUGCUUUUCAAAGUCUUAGCCCGAAUCAAUCCUAAGACGAAGACCCCACUUAUUGCCACUAUGACAUCCGGUGUAGUAGCAGCCAUCAUGGCUUUCCUGUUCGACCUCAAAGCGUUGGUUGACAUGAUGUCCAUCGGCACUCUGCUGGCCUACUCGCUGGUUGCUGUGUGCGUACUUAUUCUCAGGUACCAGCCAGAUGGAGCCCUAGAGCGGCGGGCAGGCACCAAUGAGAGGGACUACCUGACCUCCGAGGGGGGAGAGUCUGACCUGACGGAGUCUGAGUCCCAUCUUAACAUGCUGAAGGGUGGCAGCUCCACCCUGCAGGCUGUCCUGCACCCUCCCGUCUCACCGUCUGAGCACUCCUCCAGUGUGGUAAACAUGUCCAUCUGUGUGCUCGUGCUGGUAGUGUGCGUGCUCAGCUAUCUCACCACGUACCACAUCGGCUCCAUCCUUAAUAUGGAAGUGUGGAUCCUGGCAUGUCUGUCCGUGUGUCUCCUCAUCUUCAGCGGCUGCGUCUUCAUGGUCUGCAGGCAGCCUCAGACCAGCAAGAAAGUCUCCUUCAUGGUUCCUCUUCUGCCCUUUCUGCCCAUUCUGAGCAUAUUUGUCAACAUUUACCUCAUGGUUCAGCUGAGUGGAGAUACAUGGAUACGUUUCUCUGUGUGGAUGGCUGUGGGAUUCCUGAUCUACUUUGGCUACGGCAUGUGGCACAGUGUGGAGCGCCAGCGCUUACUCCAGGACUCUUUAAACAGCAGCAGCAGCAGCACCAAGGGACACAACAAAACCAGCAGAGAGAAGCAGGUUGGUGCGGGUGCAGUAGGAAAAGAACAGGAGAGUUUCAUCUGCCCGGAGAAGACCAGCCAGUUUUAAAGUUUACCAGCUCGCUGACAGACUUCUGUGAGGCGACAGAUGCAUAAAAGCAGCUCUGCCUUGAUGCACCUGUUCGUUACAGCUUCUUCUCCGUGUGUGUGACUCAUUCAGUCUGCGAAAGGCAGCGUCAGUAUUCUGUAUCAGCCGGCACAUGAUUGCAAGCCGCUCUAUCACUGUGAUGGAACCACAUCCUGUAGGUCACUUUGUGCUUCAUGGACAGCAUGGAGGCAGAAAUGAAAGGACAGGUAACACACUGGAGUGUGAUGGUUUAUUCUCUCUAACACUGAAGCAGUCGAUGCCACGGCUGCAGCAAAGCUUUUCUGUUUUUUAGUGCAUGACACACACUUUUUAUCCUUUCUGUUUAUUUUCUACAUUUGAAGCAGGUUUGUACAGGUGGGUUUAUAAACGUCUUUCGAAAUCUGUGUUAUCCAUUUAACGAGUGGAUAUUAUUAGAUUUUAAAUGCCAGUUAUGUACUAGUAUUAAAAGUAGGAUCAAGUAGUUUGUGGUAAAAAGCACUCUUUGUUCUUGCUGACAAAGGACCAAUCAUAUAUUUUAGAACUGUUCUGUGCAUGAAAGAAAUCUGUAUAAUGGAAGCUCAUAAAGACGCUGCCACGUGUAAAUGAUGUCAAAUAGUUUUGUAGGCACUUAACACGACUCAGUUUACUGCAUACGCCCGAGAUCUGAAAGUAGGCCACGUUCUGGUGGAAAGUUUCCAGGCUUCUGUAGAUGUUACGUAACAGAUCAUAUCAACCUAUACUGGAGUUAUCGAGGUAGCUGUAGCUUUUUUUUUUUUUUGGUGGUUACUUUUUUUUAAUUUUUGCUUGGUUAUCUUUUGUUUUAGACUUAUUACAAUCUGAAUAUGAAGAUUGGUAUUUGGUACAGAAGUCUACUCAAAAUGUAUCUGUAGUUAGGGUUAGGGCUGCAGACAUGCUGUUUAUAUAACCUUCAUGAAAUUAUACAACUUUGCAAUUUAACAGGAAGGACAACAAUGUCAAAAAAAGUAUUAUAUAUAAGAAUGUCUGUCUGUCUCUUAUUUAGAUGAACUGGGCAUUUUUCCAGAUUUAUUCUCUCGUGUUCAUUGUCUUACUUUAAAGACUGGAGUCUGUGUUGCUUUUGUGCUGAACUGCAUAAAAAUUCACUGCUUACAUCCUUUCCCUUUGGGCUUUUAGGGGCCACCAUGUCUUUCUUAUACUAUGAAUUGUAAAGCUCAGUGAGCUCUAGUUUACAGUAGAAGUUUUCUGUGUGAGCUUUCACCUGUACUGCCAGAGAGUUUUACAACAUCUGAUGUGGAGAAAUCCUACACUUUAUAAGAGGUCAGUUACUGAGGCUGUGGGUUGCUGGUGAUGGUUUGAGGGAGGUGAUCGAUGUGUGCAAUGCAGCGGGUUAAAUGAAUCUGGAACAAAUUCAGAAGGUAGUCUCAGCAGGAGUAAGAUACAUCCACACUAAAAUAAACAUUAAAAUUGACUCAGUGUGAGGUCAAUACAGCGCUGAUGCAAUGCUGGAAUUGACUCACACCGGAUCAGUUUUUAACCCAGUGUGUUUUAGUGUGUUUUAUAUACUGAACCUCUACGUUAUCAGUGUAGAGUCUUCCAGUGAGGUCACUGGAUGAGGUGCAUGAUGUUGUCACCAUGAUGUCAAGAUGCGGUAUCGCUUGUUAUCAACUGCACAGACAAAAACAAUAAAUGUAUUUUCCAGUA